AUGUGGGGCGUCUUCUGCACGCUGCGCGAACUGCAGCUGGAGGCCCGCAACGCUCCACGGCCCGUACCGCUGUUCUCGGCCACAGUCGCAGGUGAGGGCGCGUCCCGCGGCCAGGCGGCCGGGCCGUCUCGCGCAGAGGGCGUGCAGUCCCCGCGGCGCAGCGCCUCGCCGUCCCCUCCUCGGGCCGCGCCGAGGGGCCGGCUGCGCCUACCGCCGCUGCUGCGGCCCGCCGGGGAGUCCGCGUGCUGCUCGGGCUGCGGCCGCGCGGGCCAGCAGCUGCUGCGCUGCGUGCGCUGCUCGCACCAGCAGCUGUGCGCCGCCUGCCUCACCGGCUCGGACGCCUUCACCACGGCCCACGUCAGGCACGGGCUCGCCGCCAGGAAGGUGCAGCCGGGCGGAACUACUCGCUGGGAGCCAUUGAAAAAAGAAGAACUGUUCCGUUGGCUAUCGUCUCAACAGGAAGAAACGCAGGCAAUCGAUGAGGCCAUGGAGAGGUUGCCCGCUGAGCUGCUGCAGGAGGUGCCGGUUCUGCGCGUGCGCGAAGGCCAUCGCCUGCUCGCCAGGGGCCAGCAAUGCUGCCUCUGCCUCACGCCAUACCUGGUGCGGCAGUGCGUGCGGGCGCUGCCGUGCGGCCACCAGUUCCACUCGCAGUGCCUGGCGCGCUGGCUGCUCGACACGUCCGCCACCUGCCCCAUAGACGGCACGCCCGUCCGGCACGACCUGCUGCGGAAGGCGCUUCAGAGGCGGUAUUCGGUGCGGCUGGACUCUGACAGCUGGGGCCCUGGCCAGCAGCAGCAGCAGCAGCAGGGCGGCAGCCCGCGCAGCCCACAGCGGCCAGCACCGGAGGACGCGCCGGGUCCCGGGCCCCCUCUGGAGGUGAUGGUGCGCCGUCUUGCGCAGCGGAGGCCGCCCUCGUGCCGCCGAAGGCUCAGCAGCGGCAGUGGCGCCUCCAACGGCGCAGCCACCCCCGCCGCCGACGCGCAGCCUAGCAGACAGCUAUUCUCCAGUGCCUCCAGCAGAGGUUACUCGAUGCCGGCGCGGCCCCUCACUCGAAGGAAACGCGCAGCGACGAGGACGGCCCCGCAGCAGCGCGGAUUCUCUAGGGAGCAGACACCAGCCAGCAACGCCAGCACAGGCAGUGGCAGCCAGAGCCCGGCCCGGCUGUCGGUGCAGUGCCUGGAGCUGUCGGCGACGCAGCAACGGGUGAGGGCUGGCGCCGCCUGCCUACUCGAACCUCGCGUCGUGCUGUCCGCCGCCAGGGCCUCUCGUAACAGGGGCUCGCGCCAGGCAGCGCAGGCCGAGGCGGGGGGCAGGGAGCACGGAGAGAACAGCAGCAGCGGCAGCAGCAGCAGCGGCAGCGAGGUGGACUGCAGCCUGUGCCUGCGCAGCCAGUGCAGCUGCAGCGGCAGCGACGGCGACGGCGACGGCGAGGCGGCGCCCGUGUCGCCGGCCACGGCCGUGGACGCGCAGCUGGCGCUGCAGUGCACGCGCCUGCAGCUGGCGCCGCGCAGCCGCCCGCCCUCGCAGCACCGGCCCACGCCGCGCCGGCCCUGACGCACCGACCCGUGCUCGUCUGUCUUUUGUCUCUUCCUCAAAAUAAACCUGACGUCUUUUCUACA